CCGGCCCCCCGCCCGCCCGCCCGCCCGCGGGGUCUUCGUCCCCGGCCGUUGCCUUCGUCCCCCGUUGGGGCGGCCUCGUCCCCACCCGUGGGCUUCGUCCUUACCCCGCGUCUUCAUCCCCGCCCGUUGUCUCCAUCGCCCUUUGUUGCGUCUUCAUCCCGAACCGCUGUCUUCGUCCCUGUCCGUCGUCUUCAUCCUCAACCAUUGUCUUCAUCCUUGUCUGUUGUCUUCAUCCCCAGUUGGUGCGUCUUCGUCCCCAACCAUAGUCUUCAUCCCUACCGGUCUUCUUCAACCCCAACCGUAGCCUUCAACCCAACCCUCGUCUUCAUCCCCAUUUGUUGCGUCUUCAUCGCUCCCCGUUGUCUUCAUCCCGAUCCGUAGUCUUCAUCCCCACUGGUUGUCUUCAUCCCCAACCGUUGUCUUCAUCCCUACCCAUUGUCUUCAUCCCCACCGGUCUUCUUCAUCCCCAACCGUUGUCUUCAUCCCCAUUUGUUGCGUCUUCAUCCCCAACCACUGUCUUCGUCCCCACCCGUUGUCUUCAUCCCCAUCCGUAGCCUUCAUCCCCACUGGUCUUCCUCACCCCCACCCGCUGCCUUCGUCCUCACCCACCGUCUCCACCCCCGUUCCUCGCGUCCCGCUCCCGCUCCCGCUCCCCGCCAUGCGCCAGCCGCAGCCGGCGCGGGACGAGCUCCCGGAGGACUUCUACAUCCCGAUGGCGCUGGACGCGCCCAACCUGACGGCGCUCAGCCCCUUCCUGGUGCCGCAGACCCACCUGGGCAGCCCGGGGGUCUUCCGGGGGAUGUCGGUGUUCAUGUUCGUGCUGAUCGCGCUGGGGGUGCCCAUCAACAGCCUCACCAUCUUCUGCACCGCCAAGUACAAGAAGCUGCGCUCGCACCUCAACUACAUCCUGGUCAACCUGGCGGUCUCCAACCUCCUCGUCAUCUGCGUCGGCUCCACCACCGCCUUCUACAGCUUCUCCCAGAUGUACUUCGCCCUGGGGCCCACCGCCUGCAAGAUCGAGGGCUUCGCCGCCACCCUGGGAGGCAUGGUGAGCCUGUGGUCGCUGGCGGUGGUGGCCUUCGAGCGCUUCCUGGUGAUCUGCAAGCCCCUGGGCAACUUCACCUUCCGGGGCAGCCACGCGGUGCUGGGCUGCGCGGCCACCUGGGUGCUGGGGCUGGUGGCCUCGGCGCCGCCGCUCUUCGGCUGGAGCAGGUACAUCCCCGAGGGGCUGCAGUGCUCGUGCGGCCCCGACUGGUACACGACGGGCAACAAGUGGAACAACGAGUCCUACGUCCUCUUCCUCUUCUGCUUCUGCUUCGGCGUGCCCCUCGCCAUCAUCGUCUUCUCCUACGGGCGCCUGCUCAUCACGCUGCGCGCCGUGGCGCGGCAGCAGGAGCAGUCGGCCAGCACGCAGAAGGCGGAGCGCGAGGUGACCAAGAUGGUGGUGGUGAUGGUGCUGGGCUUCCUGCUCUGCUGGGCGCCCUACACGGCCUUCGCGCUCUGGGUGGUGACGCACCGCGGGCGCAGCUUCGAGGUGGGGCUGGCCUCCGUGCCCUCCGUCUUCUCCAAGUCCUCCACCGUCUACAACCCCGUCAUCUACGUCCUCAUGAACAAGCAGGUGGGCGGGGCCUCGGGGGCGGGGCUUAAAGGGGCGGGGCUUAAAGGGGCGGGGCCGAAUGGGGUGUGGUCAAAUGGGACAGGUCUAAAUGGGGUGGGGCUAAGGGGGUGGGGCCCAGCAGCACCCAAUGAGGUCCCACGACACCCAGUUACUCCCAGGGGUACCCAGUAAGGUCCCAGUAAGCCCAGUAAGGUCCCAGCGGCACCCAGUAAGGUCCCAGUGAGGUCCCAGAGCACCCAGUCACUCCCAGUGGUACCCAGUAAGGUCCCAGUGACACCCAGUGAGGUCCCAUGACACCCAGUUACUCCCAGUGGCACCCAGCAAGGUCCCAGCAGCACCCAGUGACCCCAGUAAGCUCCCACUGACACCCAGUAAGAGCCCAGUAAGAUCCCAGCAGCACGCAGUGAGGUCCCAGUAGCACUCAGUCACUCCCAGUAAGACCCCAGCAACCCCCCACUGACAUCCCCAUGACAUGCCCCAGUCCCCCCAGCCCCUCCCAGCCCCCCCCCAGCCCCUCCCAGUCCUCCCAGUCCCCCCCAACGACACCAGGAGGGGCCACCCCACCGGGCCAGGGUCAUCCCGUGGGUCUCGGAGCCGCUGUGGGUCGCGGUGUCGCUAUGGGUCGUGGUACCUCUAUGGGUCGCGGCGCCUCCAUGGGUCGCGGUACCUCUAUGGGUCGUGGUGCCGUGGGUCGCGGCGCCUCCAUGGGUUGCGGCGCCUCCAUGGGUCGCGGUAUCUCUAUGGGUCGCGGUGCCGUGGGUCACGGCGCCUCCAUGGGUUGCGGCGCCUCCAUGGGUCGCGGUACCUCUAUGGGUCGCGGUGCCGUGGGUCACGGCGCCUCCAUGGGUUGCGGCGCCUCCAUGGGUCGCGGUACCUCUAUGGGUCGCGGUGCUGUGGGUUGCGGUGCCGUGGGUCGCGGUGCCGUGGGUCGCGGCGCCUCCAUGGGUCGCGGUGCCCGCAGUUCCGCUCGUGCAUGCUGAAGCUGGUGUUCUGCGGGAGGAGCCCCUUCGGGGACGAGGACGACGUCUCGGGCUCCUCGCAGGCCACCCAGGUCUCCUCCGUCUCCUCCAGCCAGGUCUCGCCCGCGUAGGCUGCCCCACGG